GUUCAGACAGUCUACCAGUAGUGUCAACAAUCUUUGUCUCUGUCUCAGUGUAUCAAGUCAGUGUGCACGUGUUUCUGUCUUUGUGCGCGGUUAUUAAUUAACCGCUUCGGUUAAUCGAAGCCCAGUUUAAACAUGUACGCGUUUCCACAAACGUCCUUAGAGGAAAGUCAACAGGUUCCAAAUCCUGUUGCCGAUGGACAUAUUAAAAGACCCAUGAACGCGUUUAUGGUGUGGUCGAGAAUCCAGCGUCGCAAAAUCGCGGGAGAAAACCCCAAAAUGCAUAAUUCCGAAAUUUCGAAACGGCUCGGAGCCGAAUGGAAACUGUUAACUGAGGCGGAUAAGAAGCCGUUUAUCGAUGAGGCCAAGCGACUACGCGCUCUUCACAUGAAGGAGCAUCCAGACUACAAGUACCGACCAAGAAGGAAGCCGAAAGGACCCGUGCCAGCUGGAUACACUCCAGGAACCGGUUUUCCCAGUAUCCCAAUGCAAUAUUAUCAUCCCAUUGACACUUUACAGCCACAAUACGGUUAUUUUAAGCCGGCACAGCCGCCAAUAGUAACUUCUCUUCAUUCAUCAAUGUAUCCUCCGAUGUAUCAACAGUCUGCGACAAAAACAUUCGCGUCUUCUCAUCCGAUGAGUAUAUAUUCGACAUUACCAACACCUCCAGUCCUGUAUGCAGACCCAUCAAAUCGCCCAGUACCCACGACGAACAAUUAUGAUAUAAGAAGACCAGUUCCUGUUAUAUAUUAGUGUUGAAGACGAAUAUCGCUGUCAUGGUGCGUUCAUUAGGUACAGUUCGAUCAAAAAGUUUAGUAAUCAAGCGGGUUUUCAGUUUGACAGGUAAAAAAAUCUAUAUUUAUUUUCGAUAAGAGUUGUUUUUAUGUUGGUAUUAGGGGCCUGCUUCAUUACGAAUCUUUUUGGUCAUAUUAUUUAUGACCUAACUCAAAAUCAUCUAAUUUUACCUACACAAGGUAACGCCAAUAUUUUAUAAUAUUUCAAAUAAACCGCUGGUCGGUUUUUUAGUUUAAUUUAUUACAAAAUAGCUUGUAAGAUUUGUUUAUAUACCGAGUAUUCUGUGAUUACACAAUGACUGAAGUUUCCUUAGAAACUUAUGUAGUAUGUAUAUAUUAUUAUGUUAUGUGUGUUUUUAUUUAUUCAUA